AUGUCAAUGGCUCGUUGGAUCUUCUCCCUAUUUCUCACGGCUUUUUCAUUGGUGCAUGCUCUGAGAGUUUCACCAAACUCACCAUGCACAAGUGCUUGCACUACCUCCGACGUGUCGCAAUCGGAUCCAAAGUUCUUCGACGACCAGUGGAAAGACAUUGUCUGCAGUGACGACGACUUUGACAGCAAGCCGGAGGGGAAACAGCUGAAGAGCUGCUUCACGUGCUUGCAGAACAGCAAUUACACCCAUGGCAGUGAGAAUGACCAGGAUUGGUUCCUGUACAACCUGCGGUAUUCAUCCAGCUAUUGCAUGUUUGGCUAUCCCAACAACACCGGCAUUGAGACCGGCCCUUGCACGACAACUGUAGGAUGCGGAAUCCUCGCUUCUGCCCUCGAGCUUGACAUCAAGAAUCCAACCAACUCGACCACUUACGACUAUUGCGAUGUAAGCGGAGGCGUCAUCACAAGCAACAAUGUCGAGGGGUGUCUGGAGUGUGUCAAGGCAGAUGGGCAGCACAACUAUCUAUCCAAUUUUCUCCUGACUCUACAAGGGGCAUGCCAGACAAAACCAGCGCCAGGGUCCAUUUUAAUUCUCAACAAUACCAUCUUUGGUAGUGACAACAUCCAAGUCGUCGACCAGACACCCUCUACCAACUACGAAGAACCCAAACUUUCCAGUUCGACAAUUGUGGGCAUAGCAAUUGGAGGAGCAGUCCUACUUGCGUUGGUCGCAGGGUUCACUUACAUGUGUAUCCGUAAGCGCAAGAAUCGUGCGAAACAAGAAGACCGCGCCUCUGGCUACUCCUUCCGCUGCCAAACCAGAGUCACCCCUGUGACACCAAGGUUUCCCGAGAACGCCCAUGCCGACGACAGCUUCCACGGACAGGAGAAGGCGCACGUUAAGGUUACCACUGGCAUUGGGGCAAAUGCAUACCCUGUUGAUCAAUACCCUUGGAACAGCCAAAGCUCAUUAAAUGUCACCAUCAGCCGACAGGAUAGUGCAGUAAUGAGGCCAAGCAUCAUCACUGCUUUGACUCCACCCACUCAAGCAUACAUGUCCCCUCGGGCUUCCUCUCCCGACGACUUCGCGACCCCAGCUUCUGCUGUAUCGACCCGCUCCAACGCCCCUCUUCUCAGCCACCAACCUUCUGGAUUCAAGCCUUCUCCUCAUUUGGGUCAGUCCAGUUGGUCACCGACCCCGAAACCGUACCGUCCCGACAGAAGGUGGGAGGAAGAAACCGGAGUGACAAAUGCUCUAGGGCUGAUUACCAGGAAGAGAAGCAAGACAAGCAUGGGAAGUCCCGUCCAGAGCGAUAUACUUAUAACAUCCUUUCCACCGCCACCUACGAGUACGCGGUGA